CAGGUGGGCUAAUUAUGCCGCCCGCCGGGAUGGAAGAACCGAGGCAAGGCCUGACCCCAUGUUUUUUCUGGCACUGCGCCGCCCUCCAACCCCCAUCCAGUCUCUUCUAGCUUCUGAGUUCUGCCGCCACGCAAACGCCAAGCACGAGCCCAGGGUCACUUGUCUGUCCUGCACAGUCCUCCAACUCCCCCAUUACUCGAGUGCGCGCGCACUAAGCAUGAGCCACGAGCCCAACCUGCCUCCGCCAUCCCGGGACUCGGCUCUUCCCCCGACUUGACUUUUCCCCCUCUCCCUCCCCAACGCAUCAUCGAACGUCGUUGUAUGGUUAUCCGACAUCACUCCGACAUCACGACUGAUCGAGGUUGAUUAUCCAUUCUCGCACUCGAGGACCCGGCUCGGUUCAAGCCAAUCCACGUCGCUUUUCCGGAGCCUGGCGUGCAGACCGACAUACUAUAUACGCGCUCGAAGGAAAUCGCCACCCACCCUUACCGAUAGGCGGGAUUGCGAGAUAACGCCGAACCAACACAGCAUCCAAGGAAAACUUAUUCCUCGCGGGAAAAGUAAAUAUGGCUUCCCCUCCAAAGCCCUGGGAACGGGCUGGUGCUACAACAACAGCUGCCUCAACAACGGCCCCGACCGCCGCCUCUCUUCCCUCCUCCGGCAGUACCCCGCCUGCCGUCCCCGAACGACCGGCCUCCCUCGCCUCCGCCGUCAACCAAAACGCUGCUGCCUACAGCAGAGGUGUCGGCGCGACGAACAGCCCUUACGGGACCUACGGCGGCGCCUACUCGUCUCCCUACAGCAGCCCGUACUCCAGGAUGGGUUCUUACGGUGGCUAUGGCGGCGGCAUGUAUGGCGGCUACGGUGGUAUGGGUGGUGGCAUGUACGGUGGAGGCAUGUAUGGCGGCAUGGGCAUGGGAGGCAUGGGAAUGGGCGGCGGCAUGCCUGGGAACCCCAACGAUCCGAACAGUUUGACGAAUCGAUUCAACAACAGCACCCAGGCAACCUUCCAGAUGCUGGAAGGCAUCGUCGGCGCCUUCGGAGGCUUUGCUCAGAUGCUGGAGAGUACAUACAUGGCCACACACUCGAGCUUCUUUGCUAUGGUCUCGGUAGCAGAGCAGUUCAGCAACCUUAGAGAUACUCUGGGUUCGAUCCUCGGCAUCUUCACGCUGAUGCGUUGGAUUCGCACACUCAUCGCCAAAAUCACUGGUCGACCACCCCCGGCCGACGCGACAGCUCUUACGCCAGCAGCUUUCGCCAAGUUCGAAGGUCGUCAGCCCAUUGGGCCCGACGGCGCUCCUCUGGGACCCCCCAAGGCUUCCCGUAAGCCGCUCUUCUUCUUCCUCCUUGCCGCGUUCGGUCUCCCGUACCUCAUGCGCAAGAUGAUCAACACCAUGGCCGCCUCCGCAGAGGAAGAGGAGCGGCGUCGCAUGGCACUGGCCGGUGAGCAGCAGGCCUUGGACCCGUCCAAGCUCGAUUACUGCCGCCUGCUCUACGACUACACUCCCCAGCCCGGCAACGCCGUAAAGGAUGUCGACAUGGACGUGCGCAAGGGUGACCUCGUCGCCGUCCUCUCCAAGAGCGAUCCUAUGGGUAACCCCAGCGAGUGGUGGAGAUGCCGGGCCCGCGACGGCCGCCAGGGCUACCUGCCAUCGACUUACCUCGAGGUCAUCAAGCGACCUGGUCAGCCUCUAGCCGCUAUCAAGGCUGCCUCCAGCGACAGUAGCCGGACCAACUCGCUGACCGGCGCCGCUCCUGAGAAGGCACCCGAAGUAACGUCCAAGAUUGGCGAUGUAUCGCCGGAAAGCUUUCAGAAGAGUGUGUUCUACAACUAAACAAGACAUAACUUACUGUCAGCGGGGGCGACCUUUCUGGCAGGAUGAUAAGACGGGGCUAUGGGUUUUCUUUGUAAGAUGUGUACGAUUUGCUUUUUCUUUUCUAUUGGGUGGCCCUUCUCUGGACCAAAAAGCUGGGCGUUCAGGUUCAUGAAUGAGUCUAGUGGCACGAGCUGUUUGGUAUCGAGCGCUUGUAUACUUUGGUCUCAGUUUGCCAUGAAUACCCAAAGUGAAGCGACGAGGUCAGGUUGCAUGUGACAAGCCACGAGAGUUAGUGUACUUACCUACAUUGACAAUGCUUAGUUUUUUUAUUCUUCUUUUUCG